GCAUUUGGGCAGUGAACGUGAUCCCCUAUGAAGCUCAGCCCCUGCAGGAGACACUGAUUGGCUGGAAAAGGGUGAAAAAAUAUCCCACUCUAUGUCAUCUCUUCGAGGGAGGAAUGAGACAUUCCCAGAAAACUUUCUACUUCCUAGGUGUCUUGGGAGCAUCUUUUAAAGCCCCCCCGAGAUGUCCGACCCUGGGACCUGGCGUGGUGGGGCAGGAAGGCUGCCAGGUGAAAUGGUGCAGAGAUCAAAACCAGCAUCGUUGGACCCUGGGCCACAGUGGUGCAACCAGAAAGAGGCUGGGAAGUCCUGUCCCAUCCCAUCGGCUCUCUCACCCACCCCAUGGACUUGCCACCCCUGCUUGCACCCCACUGCAAGCUGGGCAGAGAAUCUGCCACUUACAGCUGCCAUCUUUCCCUGCACCUUUUCCAAGUCCCUUCAGUGCCAGAGGAACUGGAGCAGACACAGAGCUCAAGGCUCUGAGGAGGACCUGGCACCUGUUCUGUUGGCUCGUGUUGCUGAUGCUUUAUCACUGCAUCCCCAGCAGUGUGACCGGCAGGGGGAUUGUCCCCCUCUGCUCUGCUCUGGUGAGACCCCCCUGCAGGGCUGGGUCCCCAAGACAAGAAGGACACAGAGCUGUUGGAGCGAGUCCAGAGGAGGCCACGGAGAUGAUGGGAGGGCUGGGGCAGCUCUGCUCUGGAGACAUGCUGGGAGAGUUGGGGUGUUCAGCCUGGAGAAGAGAAGGCUCCAGGGAGAGCUGAGAGCACCUUCCAGUGCCUGAAGGGGCUCCAGGAAAGCUGGGGAGGGGCUUGGGACAAG